UAUCCAGGCGACUCAGCCAGGAUGAGGUUGUCCAAGGAGCCAAGCACGCCCUAGUCGGUGACUUCCUCCGUUCGCCCGCGCCUGUAUCCUCUCUUCCCCUCCACUCCCCCCCCCCCCUCUGGAGCGGAGCGGAGAUCCAUCUGGAUCCGGUCCCCAUCUCCCGUCGACGAACCCUCGCUAGCUAGCUCGGAUUAGGAUCAGUUCCAGCGCGUGGCGGCCGCGGAGCAGAGCAGGCGAGGCGACCGCUCUGGCUAGAUCGGAUCGAAUCCCGCCGCCGCGCCCGUCCCGCACGGCGUGGCCGAUGAUCGCGUCCCUCCCCAGCUACCGACCGACGGACUCGCCGGGUCCCCGCUCGCCGUGGCCAGCCCCUCCCCUCCCCCGCGCCGGAUCGCGCAUCGGCUUGGAGGCCCCUCGGGGCCGCCGCCGGUGCGGGAGCCGUCCGCGGCCGCGCGGGCUGGGGACCGAGCGGCGGGUUUCGAUCGAGGGCUUUCUCGCUCGGGCCGGCGCGGGAUCGGAUCUGAGCCGCCGUCCAUGGAUUCUUCGCAGCUUGCCUGCAUCUUGCUUCGGAUUUGGUACUACUACCUCGGUCCUGGUUCAUUGGUCCCUUGCAUACUCUCUCCCUCUCUCUCUCUCUCCCUCGGUGUGGACGCCCGCACCUAAACCCUAACCCGAAUCAGGGGAGCGCUCGUUGCCGGAUCGCUGAACCAUCGUCCCGGUGGCCACACCGCUACAGCGCCGCCAGCCACCGCCGCUCCACUGGCUUGGAUUUGGUUGCGGCGUGGGCUUGGAACCGUACGGUGUUGUCUGAUGUGUGUUCCGCGCUGGGAGGUUUGGUCGGUUGACGCCAGGUAUGAGCAGCUCCUGAGCCUGAUCGCUCCAUGCGUGCACGCAUGCAGGGUACUACUCCCUCUGUAAAGAAAUAUCAUGGUCAUGUUGCUUGGCGUGCAACCUCUUUUCUCACCAGAGAAAAUAGUGGCGGGGCGAUGAUGAAGAUUGUUGCUGAAAUAAUCAUGUCUUGAGCAAUCAAGACAGCCGUGGUGGUGGUGGUGGUGGUGGUGGUGUGUAUGGGUACUAAGAGCAUCUACAACCAGACUUGCUGACCAAUUGCCGACUCGCUGGCCCAUCGUUUGGGGGGCCGCCCUCUCAGUCCCGUCGCUAUGGUGCCGCCAGCCACCGACAUUCCAUUUCCUUGGAUCCGGUUGUGGCGUGGGCUGGGAACUGUACGGCGUUGUCUGAGAGGUGUCCUCCGAGCGAGAGGUUUGGUCGGUCGAGCCAGGUGUGAGCAGCUCCUGAGACUGAUGGAUGGAUGGAUGGCCACAACAGAGGCGACACCAGGUGAAGGGUGGACUCCUUCUGGAUGUUGUAGUCAGUGAGGCCGCGGCCACCGUCCAGCUGCUUACCGGCAAAGAUAAGGCCCUGCUGGUCAGGGGGGAUGCCCUCCUUGUCCUUGAUCUUGGCCUUGACAUUGUCAAUGGUGUCAGAACUCUCAACCCCAGAGUGACGUAUGCAUGCAUGUAUGUGUGUAUCAUGUUGCGGCCGAAAUCAGUGUUUUGACCCUUUUUGGAAAAGAUCAGCACAAAAUGAACCUUGUUGGUAACUUAUCUGAGGCGAUGAUGAUAAAACAUGGCUGACAUAAACUUGUCUUCGAUUAUUCGAGGAGCUGUGGGCAUCAAAAACCCACUCCCCCCUCUUUGAGAACCUUUUCAUUCUCACCGAGUAUUGACGGCUCUGUCUUGGAUGGUCAUUCUGUUGAGUGAUAACCAGAGGAGCCUGACUUCAUUGGUGGGGGUUGAUCUGGUGAAAGAAGAUGGUGGAGCUAGGUUGUAUGAUCUAUCAAAGGCGAAUCUGAGCCCUCUCAAA